AGCCCAUCAUGGCGGCAGGAGCGCGGCUGCCCUGGCCCGCGGCUCCGCAGGGCUGCUGCCGUUGCUGCUGUUGAGAGGCGGCGGCGGCGGCACAGACGGGCGGGCGGGAAGGAUGGUGUUUCUGUGGCCGGGGCGGCGGGUGCGGACUAGGAGCCGGGCUGAGGUUUGGCCGAAGCGACGUGUGCUCAGGAGCAGCUGGCGCGGGUGCCGCUGAGGCAGGCAGGACCGACUGACGGACGGACCGACGGAAGGAGACCCGAGAGCCGGCCCUGGGGGCCGUGCAGUGGGCGAGAUGCCGGGGCCGCCGGCGUUGCUGCUACUGCCGCUGCUCCUGGCCGCCGGCAGUGCCGGGGCCGCGCCACUUCCGCAAACAGGUGCAGGGGAGGCACCUGCUGCAGAAGUUUCCUCCUCUUUUGUGAUCCUGUCUGUGUGCAGUUUAAUGAUAUUAAUAGUGUUAAUUGCAAACUGUGUAUCCUGCUGUAAGGACCCGGAAAUAGACUUCAAGGAAUUUGAAGAUAAUUUUGAUGAUGAGAUAGAUUUCACACCACCAGCAGAAGACACUCCGUCUGUCCAGUCCCCAGCAGAAGUUUUCACACUUUCAGUACCAAAUAUCUCCCUACCAGCUCCGUCGCGGCUCCAGCCUUCCAUAGAAGGUUUGAAGUCCCAAGUUGCCCGCCACAGUCUGAACUAUAUACAGGAAAUUGGAAAUGGCUGGUUUGGAAAGGUCCUCCUGGGAGAGAUUUACACAGGCACUAGUGUAGCGAGAGUAAUAGUGAAGGAGUUGAAAGCGAGCGCGAGCCCAAAGGAACAAGAUACUUUUUUGAAAAAUGGCGAGCCUUACUAUGUUCUUCAGCAUCCAAAUAUUCUUCAGUGUGUUGGACAAUGUGUAGAAGCAAUUCCCUAUCUCCUGGUGUUUGAGUUCUGUGACCUGGGUGACCUAAAAGCUUACCUGCGCAACGAGCAAGAGCACGUGAGGGGGGACUCGCAGACCAUGCUGCUGCAGCGGAUGGCCUGCGAGAUCGCGGCGGGCCUGGCCGCCAUGCACAAGCUGCACUUCCUGCACAGUGAUUUAGCCCUGCGGAAUUGUUUCCUUACCUCGGAUCUAAAUGUGAAAGUGGGAGAUUAUGGGAUAGGACUCAGCAGGUACAAGGAGGAUUAUAUUGAAGCAGAUGAUAAAAAAAUUUUCCCUCUGCGAUGGACUGCUCCAGAACUAGUAACCAGCUUUCAAGACAGACUACUAACUGCAGAUCAAACGAAAUAUAGUAAUAUCUGGUCCCUAGGUGUGACACUUUGGGAGCUCUUUGAUAAUGCUGCUCAGCCUUAUUCCAACCUCUCCAACUUAGAUGUUCUCAACCAGGUCAUUCGAGAGAGAGACACAAAACUCCCUAAGCCCCAGCUGGAGCAGCCUUAUUCUGACAGAUGGUAUGAAGUUUUGCAGUUCUGCUGGCUGUCCCCGGACAAGAGACCAGCGGCUGAGGACGUGCACAGGUUGCUCACCUACCUGCGGAUGCAAAGCCAAAGGGACUCAGAAGUCGACUUUGAGCAGCAGUGGAAUGCCCUUAAACCGAAUACAAACAGCAGAGACACCUCAAGUAAUGCGGCAUUCCCAAUCCUCGACCACUUCGCCAGGGACCGGCUGGGUCGUGAGGUGGAGGAAGUCCUCACCGUGACCGAGACCAGCCAGGGCCUGAGCUUUGAGUAUGUCUGGGAGGCAGCCAAGCACGACCACUUUGACGAGCGCGGUCGGGGCCCCCCGGACGAAGCCUUGUCCUACACGAGCAUCUUCUUUCCAGUUGAAGUUUUUGAGAGUUCACUUUCAGACCCCGGGCCGGGGAAACAAGAUGACAGUGGCCAGGAUGUGCCCCGUGGGGCCCCCGGAGUGGUCCCUGUGUUUGAUGCCCACAACCUUUCUGUUGGAAGCGACUAUUACAUCCAGUUGGAAGAAAAAGGCGGCAGCAACUUGGAGCUUGAUUACCCACCCGCACUGCUCACAACUGAAAUGGAUAACCCGGAAAGGAUACACGAGGAGGCGCCCCAACUCCUGACACUCCGGAACCUUGAAUUAGAGGAGUCCAGUACAGAUGAGGAUUUCUUCCAAAGCGGUGCAGACCCCAAAGAUUCCAGCGUACCCGAGGACGUGCAGGUCCCCAGGGGCCCUGAAAGCCCUUUCAACAGUAUAUUUAGUGAUCUUGACAAAUCAGAGGAUCUGCCCAGUCACCAAAAGAUAUUUGACUUGAUGGAACUAAAUGGAGUUCAAACCGACUUGAAGCCGACCGCUUUCGGUUCAAGUCCGGACGACUCCAGAGAGUCCGUUGUAACGUGCCACUCUGAGAAAGAUAAGCCCCGUAAGCUUUUUGACGGCGAGCCUCUUUGCUUAUCAGAAACCCUCAUGCACCGAGAUAAUUUUGAUCCACUGAACGUUCAAGAGCUGUCAGCAAACUUUUUGUUUCUUCAAGAGAAAAACCUACUAAAAGACUCACUGUCUGACAAAGAACAUCUAAAUGAUCUUGAAACAGAACUUAAAAGCGCUGGCUUCACCGAAACGAUAUUAGAAACUCCACAUAGGAACUCUUUAGGUACUGAAGUGAAGUUUGCCGAGAACAAACCAGGCUUUCCUUUGCUGCAGGAAAGCCUCAGCGCCAAGGGUCAGGAUGCAGGUGUCGUGUUCAAGGACAGCACUUUGAACACCUCGUUACAGUCUUCCCCAGAAGCGCGGGUACCUCCUACCUCGCUGGAGACAGAAGGAACAUCUCCCCGCUUACUUCCAGAUACGUCCCCGAAGCAGGGAGAACCCACAUGCUCGGAUGUCCGUAGCCACGAAGACGGUCUCUGCCAAGAAACGAAUCCGGACCCUGUGACCAUCACGGUAGAAACUCCCGCAGCGGCUGCCAGAGCACACGGUGUUGGUGACCGGUCCCGGGACCUGACCCGCCAAAGCGAAGAGGCCUUGACACUGACCAAAAGUGACCCGGUUCUUACUGAUGACAUUUUUGCCAAUGAGGUGAGUAUAGGAAGCAGUGUUCCAGAAUUGAGACAGAACUUCCCAAAUCAGCCGCUCUCAGAAGACCGACACGCUGACCGUGCGCUGGAGAAAAGCUCGGAAGGUGCGGACGCUCUGAGUGAGCUGCAUUGUAAAGCGGCUGCCAAGGAGGGGGGCCUGGUGUCCGCCCUGUCCUCAGACUCGACCAGUCAAGACAGCCUCCUAGAAGACAGCUUGUCAACACCCAUUCCGACUUCGGAACAGUCCGUGGAGACCCCGGACUCUCUGGAUUCGGUGGAUGUCCGUGACGUUUUAUUGGGAUCCUUAGGCUCUCACACUCCUCAGAAACUCGUGCCCCCCGAUAAGCCUGCAGACAGUGGCUACGAGACGGAGAACCUGGAGUCCCCUGAAUGGACCCUGCACCCUGCCCCCGACGGCGCCUCGGCCGCGGAGGCGGCCACGGCGGGCGAUGGCAGCCGUGGCACCCUGCCCCCCAACCCGGUCAUCGUCAUCUCAGACGCAGCCGACGGCCACAGGGGUACGGAAGUGGCCUCGCAGACUUUCACGCCUGGCUCUCAGAGCUCGUACCGAGACUCCGCCUACUUCUCAGAUAAUGACUCUGAGCCUGACAAGAAGUCCGAGGGCGUCCCGGGACCCUCGGCCUCGGCCUCGGUGGUGGUAACGGACCAGCCGCUGCCUGAGCCGGUCGUGCCGGAGCAGAGUCCUGGCGCCAAGGACAGUUGCCUGGAAACCAGCCACGGCCAGCCAGACCAAAGCUGUCUCCCCGCUUCGCACAGUUCCGGUCACCCGGCGUCCAGAGACACUUCGGAACCGGCACCACCUGACGUUUCCAAACAGACGCCGCCUCCCGAAGACGAGGCCGGCAGUCCCUUGAGUUUGGGGAACUCCGAGCUGAGCAGCAGCGAUGACUUCGAGGCACCAGAGGAGCGCGCCUGCACGCUCGCUUCCACCGGAACCAACACCAACGAGCUCCUUGCCUUUGCGAGUUCCACCCUGCGCCCCAGCAGCGCGGCGGACGUGACGGCGGAGAAGUCGUCGUGCGGCCACUCCGAGGGCCCCAAGCUGAAGGAGCCGGACGUCGAAGGGAAGUACCUGGGGAAACUUGGAGUGUCGGGCAUGUUGGACCUCUCCGAGGACGGCAUGGAUGCCGACGAGGAGGAUGAAAACAGCGACGACUCGGACGAAGACCUGCGGGCGUUUCACCUGCACAGCCUGAGCUCCGAGUCGGAGGACGAGACCGAGCACCCGGUGCCUGUGGUCCUCAGCAACGAGGACGGGAGGCAUCUGCGCAGCCUGUUGAAACCUGCGGCCUCUGUCGCCAUCGACCAGCUGCCGGACGACUGGAAGAAAGAAAAGAAGGCGGUGACGUUUUUUGAUGAUGUCACAGUCUAUCUGUUUGACCAGGAGACCCCGACCAAAGAGCUGGGGCACUGCGGAGGAGAUGCCCACGACCCCGAGUUGAGCGGCCGCGGCCCAGCACCGCCUUCGGGUUCUCCCUACCUGAGCAGGUGCAUAAAUUCCGAAAGCUCGACCGAUGAAGAAGGCGGAGGCUUUGAAUGGGAUGAUGACUUCUCCCCGGACCCUUUUAUGGCGAAGACAACAAGUAACCUUCUCAGUUCCAAGCCUUCCCUUCAGACGUCCAAGUACUUCUCGCCGCCUCCGCCGCCCCGGAGCGCAGAGCAGAGCUGGCCUCACACGCCGCCAUAUUCCCGGUUCUCCAUCUCGCCUGCCAACAUCGCCAGCUUUUCUCUCACUCACCUUACUGACUCGGACAUGGAGCAAGGAGGAAGCAGCGAAGAUGGAGAAAAGGAUUAGGUGGAUCCCGAGGUGCUCUCGGGUCCCAGGCUGCUCCCCCCGCCGGGCAGCAUUCCUGCGCCGCAGCCCAGCAGUGACCUCCCCUCAACGGCGUCCAGCCAGGAGAGAGACUGGGGAGGCCCAGAGGGAGCCGCGCUGGCCCCGUGCCCACGGCGGGAAGCCUGGCCGGGGGGGGUGGGCCCUGCGGCCGCUCUCACCCACCAGAAGCGCUCGCGCCCCGGUCAUCCUUGGGGAGCACCGACCCUGGUCCGGUGUGUGGGAACUGUAGGUUCUGGGCUGUUUCCGGUUUCCCGGCGGGAGGGGGGGGGGCGGUGGGUGUUCUCCAUGUCCACACCUGCACACCCCUUCUGUGCACGGGGGCCCGGAGGAGCACGAUGGGAACGGGCACCAGUGAGCCAUAUUUAUUAUUUUUAAAGAAAUCACUAACUGCUUUCUGUAAUUGCACUGUGGAUAAAUGUUCUAAGAGUACCUGAUAUUGUACAGAAUCUUAAAUUAUUCAAGGAAAAUAAGGCAGGUCAAGCUGGUGCUAUCCACUAGUUUGAUUUUUUUCUUUGUUUUAUAGUUUGUUUGCUCUGCAUGGUACUUGUAAAGCUUAAAUAUUUUGAGUGUUCUGCUGUCUAGAAUUGUUGGAAUUGUACAUAUGGUACUUUUUUGUAAAUGAUAAAUGAUUCCGAAUGUUAGUGUUUUUUUGUUCUUAUAGGAAAUAUUUUUGAUGAGUCCAAAAAGACUGCUUUGUUUUGUUGACCGAAUGAAACACACGUUUGUCUCUUUCUAUAACGCAGGUUCCUUGUAGCAAGUGAGGCUUCCCUGAGGAGGUGAGGGGUUUGCAGCCCUCCUCGUGGUUCUCCCACCGCCCACCACCCCUGGCUCCCCAGUUUUGUAAACCCUUUCGGUAACACUCGACAGGCGGUUCACCCCAGGGCUCAGCUGCGGGUUAAGGGCUGGGUCUCCUGCCCCCCUCCCUGGGGAGCCGAGUGCCCGCCCCCCGUGUGCGCUCUGCUGUGGCCCCUGCGCCUCUUCUCAAAGCCGGUUCUUCUCCUUAUUGUGUGGAACCGCGGGCUGCUGCCGUGGCUUCCGUGUCCUCGUAGACGGUCCAGAGCUCUGAGCAAGAGCUGUCCCUGCAGGGCUCUCGUUGCCGAGGACAGUUUGAGUUCAUUGCAUUUGUACACGUCAGGUGGUGAGCUUCGAAGUAACCCAUAGAGUUGGGUUUCCCCUCAAGAACCACCCCGCUUAGGGCCAGGCUCGGCCGGUCUCUGUCACCAAGGAGGUAACGCUACAUCCUGCAGCCGGGAGGAGGGACGAGGGACAGUGGCGGAGCCCGCGCAGCCAGCCCGUCCUCCCGGUUGGGACCCUGGGCGGCCCCGGAUGGCCAUCACACCCAGGCGUGGCCCUGGGACUCCUCUGCACUGACCCUUCCCUUCCACGUUAAGCACCUCGUUCUCGCCCUCGCCUGGGAAGGGACCGAGUGUAUCCAGCACAGCCCCCCAGCGUUGGCAGGAAUCGGGUGUUCGGGAUAAAAAGCUGGCCUCACUCUGCGGUCCGUGAGUCCCGCUUUGACACCAGGAAGUUUCCAGGGGCUAGAGGGCCACGUGCUGAGGGAGGCUUGGCGUGCUCGCCACGAAACCGUGUGUAUUGGGGGUCUGACUUCGGGGCUGUGGUCCCCACACGCUGGCCCGUCACCCCGAAUGUUUUCCGGUGCUGAUUCGCUUGCCUGACUCCAGCGUGACACAGGUCCACUGGGCUGUGUGACAGAAGCCCCAGCAGCUCUGGUCCCGGCGUGAGAUGCAGUUGUGGGUACUGGCGGGAGUUUACAAAGUAAAUUAUGACCUUGAUUAUCAAUUCUGGCUCACUCCACUAACUUUGCAUACCUAGCAAUAACUUUCCCGAGCAAGAACUCAGAAUGGAGAGAGAGCCCCCUUUACCCUCCGGGCGGUGUGAGCAGGGAGUGCGGCCAGGAGAGCUGGGCCUGUGAUACGCAGACGGGAAACCAUCACAGGGCAUUAGAAGGUGAUUUUGCCAAAUUGUCAUAACUCUGAAUUUCUUGCUAUGGAGACUUCCUGAGAUUCCUGAGUUUUUACAUCUAACUACCAGUCUUUGUGGAGAGAGAAAUGAGAGGUGAUGAUUAUACAAGUUUUUUCAAACUCUAAGGAGUUCAGAUUUAAUGACCGAAAUCAAGCAGAUCCAUAGAAUAUAUAGUCUUCUUAUACAAUCAGCCCGGGAUAAAUUUAUAGAUAUUUGGGGGCUGUAUCUUUUUCACUAUGAUUAAGGAGAUUUUAACAACCUAAUUCCCGUUUUAAUUUAAUUUAGGUCUAUAUUGCUGUCAUGAUUAAUUGCCAAAAGAAAGCAUUUUAUACACUGAGUUGGGGGGGUGGGUCUGAGUAGUAAAUCUUACUGUGGUGGUUGGUGCAUGGCGGGGAAGAUUUUAUAUUUAUAAUACACAUGUGAGUUAACAUGUUCUUUUGAAAUCUCAAGCAAUACACAGGAAACUAAUGAUGUAGAUUAAAAAUUUCAGCCCAUCUUUGAAGCAUCAGCAUGUGCUUUGUUGUUCAAUUCCCGUUUUUGUUUCUGUUUUUGUUUUUUUGUGUUUUUAACUCUGUUGGUUACCAGUAGUGGGUUUUCAGACCAAACUGGUCCUGAGAAGUUAUGCAAUGAAAUAAAUCAGUGGAAUCCUCUAGAUAAUAUGUUUGAGGUUUAUAAUGCCUGGUCCACAAUGGCAUUUCCUGGCCUCUUUUGGAGUCUAUCAGGUUUUGGUUAGUGUUACUCUGGUGGAGUUUACAUUUUUCAAAUCCCAGAAUAAAAAGAAUCUCACCUUCAUUUCCUUCCUAGCUAAAUGUUCAUUUGUGUUAAUCCAAUGAUCCCAUCAUAAGCCACAAAAAGAAAUGUAAAAAAAAAAAAGCGCUCCCCAAAUCCUUCUGGAACUUGGACUGUGUGUGUGGGUAAGAAGCCAUUUCUCUUCACCGUGAAGGAGCUCCACGAAGCUGAAUUGAAAACAGCAUCCGUUCUAUUUUUAAAUGUACAGGUGAUUGUUUCUAUAGAAAUGGGUUUUAUCUUAGAAAAGUCUUUGUAUGUCUUGCUGCCGUAAAAACACCUUUCAGAACCUCUCCCUUGUAUUAGUUUUUCUGUAGGGUACUUGGAGGGCUAGUGACUUAACUGCAUGUCCGUCCAGAGGGCCCGAGGCCCGAGGAAGGCAGCCCCCGGCUUUGCCCUACCCAGCCCUCCAUCAUCUGAAAACUCCGGGAGUGAACCCAAGUGUCGGGCUCCGAAUGUUGGGCUCCAGUGACGGGGGCUUCAGAAUAGUAGCCUUAUGAGAAGGAGCCUUAAAAUAAGAUUGGGCAACGCAGUUACUUCACAUUUCAGUCUCCUGCACAACAUUCCUAAUAGUAACGGGGUUGGCUCAAGUGUUGGCUGUCAACAAAGAAACUUCUCUCCAGUACCUAAGUUCUGAAACGUGUGGACAGUAUUGAAUUACCAACAACCUGUUACCGGAACGGCUUGAAAACAUGGAGUUGCUCAGGCUCACGCAGGCGCACGCAGACCUUCCUGAGGGGCCGGUGUGUGUAUCCACUGUUGAAUUCCGGCCGCAGAUGAGGACCCCCUUGGGGCAGUCCACCCACGUGGCUUCCCUGUCGGGCUUUAACACAGUUGUAAGAGGUUCACGGCAAUAUAACCGCUAAUGAACUUUAAGUUUAAAUUGUGUACAUUUUUAAAUUGUAAGAUUUUUACUGUAUAUUGAUGCAUAGUGUGAUUCAAUAAAUUGCUUGUAAUUUAAAAACUAUUUAAUAUUCAAAAUAAAUAUAGUUAUAUAUUUAUAAACUC